AUAAUCUGAGCCACCGGAGGGGAGAUUCACUUGCGGUUCAAUAACUGACUCUGAAAGUCGAAGUUGUUUCUCGGUCCUCUCGAGAAAAGUUGCGAAUUUAACUUAAGCAUUUCUAACUAAUUAAGCCUUAUUUUAUUUCUUUGGAAAAAGAGACUUUCUAGUGAGACAGCAGAAUGAAGAACACCUUGAUGCGCUGGAGACUGCCUGUGAUCUGUUUUAUUUGGCAGUUGGCGAUGAUAAUUCUCUUCGGCGUUUUCAUAAGAUAUGACGAAGAAUCAGACGCUCACUGGAUCGAAACCAAGAAAACUCAUAACAUCAGCAGCGACUUGGAGAACGAUUUCUACUUCAGGUACCCGAGCUUUCAAGAUGUUCAUGUGAUGAUUUUCGUGGGAUUUGGGUUUCUGAUGACUUUCCUAAAGAGAUACGGAUUUGGAAGUGUCGGAUUCAACUUCCUCAUUGCAUCCUUCAGUAUCCAGUGGGCUCUGCUGAUGCAAGGAUGGUUUCAUUCCCUAGAUUAUAGCGAUGGAAAAAUUAAAAUUGGCGUGGAAAGUCUGAUAAAUGCUGAUUUCUGUGCUGCUUCGGUGCUGAUUGCAUUUGGAGCUGUCCUUGGAAAAGUUAGCCCUGUGCAGCUGCUAAUCAUGGCGCUGUUUGAAGUGACUCUAUACGCAGUGAAUGAAUACAUCAUACUGAACCUUCUUGGGGCCCGGGAUGCUGGUGGCUCGAUGGUUAUCCAUAUGUUUGGUGGCUAUUUUGGACUUGCAGUCACUCGUAUUCUGUACAGGCCGAAGUUGGAUCAAAGCAAGAACGAGUCCGUCUACCAUUCCGACAUCUUCUCCAUGAUUGGCACCCUUUACCUCUGGAUGUUUUGGCCCAGCUUUAAUUCUGCAAUUUCUAACCACGGGGACGGCCAACAUCGUGGAGCCAUCAACACUUAUGCCUCGCUGGCUGCCUGUGUCCUCACCACCAUCGCUAUCUCCAGCCUCUUUGAGAAGAAAGGGAAGAUCAACAUGGUUCACGUUCAGAAUGCAACACUUGCUGGCGGCGUGGCGCUGGGCACGGCCGCUGAAAUGAUGCUCUCUCCCUACGGAUCGCUGAUCGUUGGUGCCGUGACUGGAGUUAUAUCAACAUUGGGUUUCAUCUACGUCUCGCCAUUCCUGGAGAAAUAUCUUCAUAUCCAAGACACCUGUGGCAUCCACAACCUACAUGCGGUCCCGGGAUUGAUCGGAGCCAUUGUGGGGGCGGUGACUGCGGCUGCUGCAACGGAAGGAGUGUACACCAAGGAGGGGCUGGUCGCUGCUUUUGGUUUCGAGGGUAGAUUUGAAGGGAGAACCCCAAGUGUCCAAGGGGGGUUUCAAGCUGCUGCUCUUUGCGUCACUCUGGUCAUUAGCCUGACGGGAGGAAUCAUUGUCGGUUUUAUUCUUAAAUUGCCCUUUUGGGGAGACCCAUCAGAUGAAAACUGCUUUGAAGAUUCGGUCUACUGGGAGGUGCCAGAAGAAGAAGCUCUGUACAGUGUCCAUUCCUUAAACACCCCGCCCUUGAAAACAAAUACCAAUGGAGACAGUCAGUAAUGGCACCAGAUGAUUGUGUGUUGUGAUUGACAUUACCAAGAGGGCUUUUUGUUCAACCCUUCUGUGUUCUCUCCAGUACAAGCGAGAGCAACAACUUCAGUGAACUCAUCCUAAAAUGCACCAACUUACAAGUGAACUUUACCAAAAGGCUGGUGGUUGCUGGAGUACUCCCAGCCCCUUCUCCAUCAGGGACUGGACUCUCUCCAUCUCUUCAGCCUCAGUUACUGGGAAUAUUUGCUGUUACUGGAGGGCUUUUUCUUUGAGUGGUUUGCUUUUCCAGUGACAGCUCCAUUCGUACAUAGGCUGCUCGCUGCCACCAGCGGAUCUCUGCCUCUUUCUUCCCCCCAAGUCCUGUCUCUUUGUUUGCCUGUGUGCCUCUCCUGAAGGUGCUGGCUCUUGCUGGGGUGGGGAUAACAGUCUCUCAAGCUCCUGACAGCCAAAUGUUCACACAAAGGCAUGUGAGUGUUAUGGAUCUAUAUAGUGCCUUUCACCAGCUCCAGAAGCCCCAGUGGGCCUAACAACCAAAGGUUAAGUGUUUUUGCCGCUGACCAGUUUGACAAGAGGACUGAACCUGAUCUAAUUCUUCUUCCUAAACCACACUCAGCAAACGGGGGCUGUGUUAGGGAAGGGAAGGAGGUCUCGGGUAUUACACGGGUCUCUCGCUAGUUGUCCGCACCUUCUCAUGUUCAGUUCUGUCAAAGCCACCUGUGCUGUGUCUGCAGGGAUGGGUACAAGCAGUAGCCGCACCCUGCUGCACACUCAGUGCUGGCUACCGAGGACAAACUUCACCCACCAUUGCAACAAAAAAAUCAGGUGAUUGGAGAUCAGAAUCCUGCCCAGAUUCUGGACUUAAGUCUUGCUGAUAAUUCCCUGCGGUCUGUCUUUAGUGAGGGAGGUCAGGGGAAGUUGAGAUGGCGGAGAGGAUGUGCUCAAUGAUGGACUGUCCGGAGGAGGAAGCUUGCCCCUUCCUGGUUCAAGCUCCUGCAGCCUGUCCUAGUGUAGGAGGGGGCUAUUCUGAAUGAAGCAAACUAACUUCACACCAAACGGAGAUUGGAACCUGGUUUAGAGUACAACGGAAGUUUCAAGUGAUGGGGACUUAAAUUUCUGGGCCUCAUUUCGACGUCAUGACAACAGCUGACGAGAAGUGGGAGAGGUGGCUCUCGUGAUGAUAGGAGUGGGGUGCAGGGAAUGGAAGUUUGGCUUUAUCGGGGACAGACGGGUGUCCCCUGUUUCAAGUGUCACCUCCACCCCAUCUCUUUCAGCCUGAUGGUGUUUGCUAAACUCCCAACUCGAUUGAAAAGCUGUGGACUUGUUAUUGGGAGUGCUGGUUCAGCCUGUACAUUGGAGGUUGGGUGGGAUGUAUGCCUCGCAUAUUGUACAGCAAGCCAAGACAAUUUAGUCAGAAAACAGACUCUACUUAAAGAGCAGAGGAAACAGAAGCUGUAGCAACUUCUCACACAGAAGCAGAAUAACUUCUCCAGAAAAAAUGCAGCAUUGAGAAUAAUGAGAUAUAAAUUAUGUAGAGGUCAGAUACUGUGGUCACUGAGAAUGACUGGCAAGGAAAUGAUCCGAUCAUUUGUGCUCUGCUGAUUUACCCUGCAUGCAACCAAUAGAAGGGCCCAGUUGAUGUGGAACCCUGAUCAGAUCACUGAGUUUGAGAGGCAUCUCCUCUGCUGGAAUGUAACGGUGUUAAACUCAGAGAUUGGUGAGGACAGAGUGGGACAUGGAGGCCCCACUAUCUCAGCAACUCAUUCACUCUAAGCAAAGGGAGCAGAACCAACUUCCACUCUUUCUGUGGUAAUAUCUCUGCCCUUUGUUACACAUAAAACACUUCUCAUGGUGAUUCUUAAGGCAACAAUUUUCUCAGCGUUGUUAAGGAUUGUUUAAUCCAUCAACACUGCAUGACUUAACAGAUGUCUAAAGUCCACCAAACAUUCACCUUUUUCAUUUUUAUUCAUUAAAUUCAGCUUAGAGUCUUAGAGUGACAGAGAUACACAGCUCAGAAACAGGACCUUCAGCCCACCUA